AUGGCACAAAAUUACAUGAUCUCAGAUAGUCGAAUAGUUAAUUUGGAUGAAAUCUAGGAUAUCAAGGAUAUUAUACUUUGUGGAAUAUGCUUUCAAGUUGUAACAGAGGAAAGAGAACCAGUUGAAUGUAAUAAUUGCCAUUACAAAUUAUUUUGUUCUCAAUGCAUUUCGGGGUGGGCUAAAACGAGCUAUAGCUGUCCAUAUUGCCAUUCUUUCAAUUCUCAAUUCGUUGACAUCUCUCCACUGCUUCUAAAUAUGAUUAGAGGCAUAAGAUACUCCUGCUAGUAUCAAAGCAAGGGUUGUUGGGAAACUCACUCAAUGAAAACUCUAAUGAAACAUGAAUUUCAAUAGGAGAAUUAAAGAUACUUUGAAAUGUUCAAAUGUAGUCUUUGCCAACGACUACUUAGAAAUCCAUAGUCGUGUAAUACCUGCAAGAUAAACUACUGUAAGCACUGUAUCUCAAACCAGUUGAUUUAGAGAAAUGCCUGCCCCUCAUGUUAUCAGCCAAAUCCAACUUACUCUAAAAUAUCUAGAAAUUUGAUGGAAUUACUAAGUAAAUUCAAGAUCUACUGCAAAAAUAAGGAAUAAGGCUGCAAUGAAAUAUUGCUUUACGAAUUUGUUGAGAAUCAUGAGAAUACUUGUAAAUAAUGCUUAAAUUGUAAAGUCAAAUGCCUCAAAUGUGAAUAAUUGAUACUGAUCGAAGAUUAGUCCUCUCAUUAGUGUCAAAUCAAACUGAACUAAGUUUAAGAUGCAAUAUAUGUUGCCCCUGUCCUUGAGGCCUUAGAUGAACCAUUGAUAAAUAACUUAGGUGAUAACGAUAAUUAAAAUGAAUAGUAUCAGGAUUAGAGACAAAGAAUGUCAUAUUGCAAAAGAAUAGAUAAUGACACACAGAUAAGAGCACAUCUUGCUUUUACCAUUAUCUACUUCAUUGGGACUUUAAUACCAUUUUUUUCUUCAAUAUAUACUCCAAUCAAUUAUGUCUAGACUCAAAACACAAAGCUUAUCCUGAUAAUUGGUGGCUUGCUGUCAGCUCAUCACUUAUUAAUUAUAUUCGGCCCAUUAGUCUCUGGAUUUAGAUUUUUUCAUUACAAUCUGAGAGGUAGAAUUAUAGGGAAUACUGUUUACAGAAACGUUUCUUAGAUUAUUAUUCAAAUCACAUUCAUUACUAUUUUAGCUAUUAAUGAAGUCGACACUACAAUAAAAGGAGUAACUAUUGGUCUAAGUAGCUUAUAGAUUUUGUGGAAUGUAAUUGUCAUUAUUACUAUCAAUUUUAACGAAUUGUCUUUUUAUUGA